CCUUCCUUUCCUUUCCUGGAUCUUCCCAGAAGCUCAGGAUCCUCCCCGGUGAUCCUCAGGGGUCUCCGGCCUCCUCCUUCCCAUGUGAUCCCUCCCGACAGAGGACCAUGCAGCGCCCCAAGAUCUUCGUGGCCUUGGACUGCCUUUGCCUGCUGCUUGCCUCCUUGCCCUUCAUUGUCCUCACUUGGGUCAACUCUCCCUACCAACGUGGUUUCUAUUGCGAUGACGAGUCCAUCCGCUAUCCCUACAAGCCGGACACCAUCACGCACGGUGUCAUGGCCGGCGUCACCAUCUCGUGCACCGUUGUCAUCAUUUCGGCCGGAGAAGCCUACCUCGUCUACACCGAGCGCCUCUACUCGCGGUCCGGGUUCAACAACUACCUGGCCGCUCUCUACAAAGUGGUGGGGACCUUCCUCUUCGGGGGAGCAGUCAGCCAGUCCCUGACGGACUUGGCCAAGUACAUGGUCGGCCGCCUGAGGCCCAACUUCCUGGCCGUCUGCGACCCGGACUGGUCCAAAGUCAACUGCUCCGUCUACGUCCAGCUAGAAGGGCUCUGCCGCGGAGGAGCCAGGAACGUCACCGAGUCCAGGUUGUCGUUCUAUUCGGGACACUCCUCCUUCGGGAUGUACUGCAUGAUGUUCCUCGCGCUCUACGUCCAGGCCCGUCUGGUGGGGCGGUGGGCCCGGCUGGUGCGCCCCACCGUCCAGUUCUUCCUCGUGUCCUUCGCCGUCUUCGUGGGCUACAGCCGUGUCUCGGACUACAAGCACCACUACACCGACGUCUUGAUCGGACUCAUCCAAGGAGCUCUCGUCGCCAUCCUGGUGGUCCGCUACAUCUCGGACUUCUUCAAGCAGCGCCCCCUGUUGGCUUGUGCUGAGAAGGACGCCAAGGCCAACGUCCCGCUUCCUUUGAAUGAACCGGAUCAGAACCAUUACAUCUACCACUCCCCGACCUGAACGAACUGCUUGUUUGUGUUUUUGUAUAUAUUUUUAUAUUUGUUCUUGGACUACAACUCCUAUCAUCCCGUUCGUGGCCGGGAUUGAGGAGAGAUGGGUCACAAAUAAACGUUGUUGUUGUUGUUUAUUA